AUGACCCAGAUGCCCGGAACUCUGCCACGUGCCUUGACGCUGACCUGCUCGCGUCGGAUCGCCUUCCAUGAGGACGGCUCCGAGUCUCCGGAGGGUCCUUCGGAGCCGGACUCCGGUGAAAAUAGCCAUGCGCCGCCAGUCGAGGCUGACCUGGCUGCUGCCGUCUCUCUCUCGGGCAUGAGCGUGGAUCAUUGGUCGCAACCGCCUCCUCCGCCGCCGCCGCAACCUGCAGAUCUGUAUCCCAUGGCCGUCCCUAGAAAUGGUGGCCUCGUAGAUGCGUCGUAUCAGCAGACUUUGAUAACGGAUCAGUUCUACGAAAAUGGCAAUCAGGAUGUUGUUGGGUUUGACGCCCACUUCCGAGAGUUUGCCAACUUCCUCGAUGGCGUCGGUCUGCCUGCAGAGUGGAGUCCCUACUUCCACGGCCCAGACAGAGACAAUGAUGUCGUCGACCCAGGCAUGAGAGACUCAAGGGUGAAAGACUCGAGGGAAGGAACAGCCACCCCAGGGCCUCGCAGUAGGACCCGGCCCGGAACCCCUUUCAGCUCUUGGCUGCCAUCGGCUCCAACAGGGAAUCGCAUCUCAGAGAACUUGCCCGACGCCAUUCCUCGCUCCGUAGACAAUGAGUCUCAGCCAUAUCGCAUCUCGGACGAGCAGCGUUCUCGUCUCAAUGCAUCCAUUGAGAGCUUCCGCGACAUUCUCGACCCAAACUUCAAGUUCCCAUCCCGCCAUGCACUUACCCGUUAUCUUACGUCUUACUUUGAAGGCUUCCACUCACACAUGCCUUUCCUUCACACGCCAACAUGGCGGAUUUUCGAGCAUUCGCUCGAACUCAUUCUCGGCCUGGCUGCUGUGGGUGCACAGUACUGCUUCGAGCACCGCAUGUCUGAAAGACUCUUCUACGCCGGCAAAGCCAUCUUGAUGGAGCGCCUUGCUCAUGAGUCUGAUAAGUUCGGGCCCAAGACAGGGUCGUCUCUCAGUAUGCCUCAACGGCGCGAAUCACGACCCAUCCUGGCAAGAGAUUGGGGUCCGUGGGAACCCAUAGAGACCGUUCGUGCUUUGAUUGCGCUCAUGGGUUAUGCGACUUGGGAACCCAAGGUGUCGCUGAUGCAAGAGGCCUUUGGUUUACAAGGACUUCUGGCUCAAGUCUUGCGUGAAGUAGGCCUUCAUGAGGAAGACGGGCGCCAGCCUCCUGCCGACCAGACCACGCCACAGGCAGCUUGGCAUGCGUGGGCCCAGCAAGAGUCAGCACGGCGCGCGAAGCUGAUUGCCUUCUCUUUCAUGCAUACACAUAGCAUUGCGUAUAACGUUUAUCCUGUUCUCCGCAGCAAUGAGGUCGGCCUUCGGCUGCCUUGUUCGACCAAGGAAUGGAAGGCCUCGAAUGCUGUCCAGUGGCAGAUCGCCCGUCGAGAGACUGAUAAACAGCAGCUCUUUUUCCAGGAUGCGUUGUCGCUUCUGCUGAGAAACACUGAUGGCACUGCGCCACUUGAUCCUAUUCCCACCCCACUGGGCAAUUACAUACUCUUACACGGUCUGCUGCAGAGGAUAUACAUCGUCCGAGACCUCUCUUUGCCGGUGAUGGAUCACUCAGCAUCAUUGCCUAGCGAGGAGGUGGACAAGCUUGAACGCGGCUUGCGAUCGUGGACUGCGGGAUGGCAACAGGCUCCCGAAUCGAGUCUCGACCCAAACAACGAGAACGGCCCCAUCCCUUUUACUUCCAGCUCACUACUUGGACUGGCCUACGUUCGGAUCUAUCUCCACCUAGGUCCUUAUCGACUGCUCGAAACACGAGAUCCGAUCCGCAUUGCCAAGGCCAUAUAUCGAUCACCCGCAGUCGAACGAAGUGGCGGAGUCAUUACUGCGCUUCUUUACACGGCCCAUAUGCUGAGUAUUCCCGUGAGACUCGGCGUCGACCGUGUCGCCCGUAGCCAGGCAUUCUUCUGGAGCGUCAGACACUCACUCUCGGGUCUUGAGUGUGCUGUUUUGCUGAGCAAAUGGCUCUUUUCCCUGACGGAGGCCUCGGGCACGACGCCGUUGAGUGACAGCGAAGACAGGAUCUUGCAUUGGGUACGCUGCAUCGUGGAGGAAGCCUACGACGUGGUUGACUUUGACGACGACGAGCCCGAAGUGGGUGUAGACCGGGACCCUGCGUCUCUCAGUCUGGCAGUACUGAGGAUCUGGGCGCACUUCUUCAAAAGCAAUACUCAAUGGCCGUUUAUCAACAUGAUCGGAGAGAGCCUGGAGAAGUAUCGGGAGCUGCUUAUGCGGAGUCGGCCACAGCAAGCGACCUGA